CCAGUGGGCUGCUGCUUAUCACACGUCAGUAAGGUCUCAGAACCUUUAUUAAAGGUUCUGAAACCAGGCUUUAUUAACGUAAGUUUAAAAAAAAUUGUCUAUGUUUGACGGUUAUUAUGUGCACAUUUAUAGAUCAAAUAGGAUUGAUGCGUCCCCUUUGGAACGGGAUGGUGGGCUGCGCCACCAAGCCCUUGCUAUUAUACUGCUUAAUGUCCUACCUAGGUUAAACAAUAAAAAAAAAAAACUAUGAAUUUUCACAACCAAAUUUUCUGGUCCCCUAUUGCGAAUAUGUUGAGCCGGGUUGAACGGCCCUAGCAGAAAAAACACAAAAAAAGUAUGCGACGAAAACAGUAGCUCCACUUACGCGCUUCUGCUAGAACGCGCCGCGGUUGAUUUUUUGCCCUCUGUGGCGAUCGCUAGAACUUGAUAAUGUACGGGGCCGGUAGCAGUACGGGGGUGGUUUCACUGGGCUGUUUGACGUUUUACUGUACGCAAACGAUUGUUUGUUGUGCGUUAUGCCCUGUGUUUUAGUGUUUUCUCACAUUACGUGCGCUGCUAAGAUUGUCUCAUGGAUACAAGUGUUAUUAAUCUUUUAGCGGCAUCAUUACUAGUUGACGGUGUGCUUUGACCUCAUGAACUUUCGCGCACAGGCGGCACAGGCAAAGUUUAGAAUGCGGCCGAAAUGUUCGAAGACGUCAUGUUAGGUUCGGAGGGCAUGCUUACCCACAUAGCAGGGACGCCAUGCCGGCAAGAGCACCAUUCAUGGGCGAUGCGAUGCUGGGGGCAGCGCAACGCUUCUGGCCAUGUGUAGGAUGGAAUGGCUGCGGCCAAGCACAGACCAGCCCUCGGGUCGAGUGGAGGGUCUACAUUGGCAAGCAAGCAACCACUGCGGUCAGUGCUGCUGGCAUGUCGCUGCCCAAGUUCCCACGAAGAUGAUGCCAGUCUCAGUGCUGCCAGUACGGUGGAGGUGCGCCACCUCCCUCCAGGCGUGUUGGUACAGCUUGUGCCUCAGGAUGAGAACCACUUCCACCUGGAGACAGCAGACACCCAAAGCGUGCUUUCUCUCUACGUCCAGAAGGAUUUCAGGUACUUCCUGCAGCACCCGUACGCACGGCUGUUUGUGUCGUACUUUGUGGUGUUCUGCAACUUCCUGGUGUUUGCGGAGGACCCCAUCUCACACAGCCGAACCGAGAGCGAGAUUCCGGUGUUUGGCAAUGUCUUCUCGUUUGUCUGCACCAAGUACCCACCCGAGUGGGGAUGGCGGUGUGCCAAGGUGCUCCUCUGGCUCCUAGCCCUGUUCUGUGGCCUCGUCUGUGGCAAAUACUUCAUCCACCACUUUCUGCUUCGCAACCUGUUUCGGCUGAAGAUGUUCCGCGAGGAGCAAGGCACCUGGAUGAUAAUGCUGCUGACAGUGCUGGUGUUUGUCUACAUGCUUUCGCUAGUGUACAAUGCACUGCUUCUCAGCGGCCACCCACGCCCCGACCAGUUUCGUAUCAACGCACUCAUGGGGGUCACCAAUGCCAGCUUCAUGAAAGUGGCCGCCUGUGGAACCUGGCUCGGUGACUUCCUCACUGCAUGGAUGGUGACGGACAUGAUGCUCCAGGAUGAGCUGUACCCCGGCUGGGCGCCUGCCCUGCGUGCGUUCUGGCAGAGCCAUGGUCGCACUCGCAUCACUGUCUUCUGGGCUGUGUCGCUGCUGCUGUCGGCGGUCGUGGUCAGCCUCAUUGUCAGCGACCGCAUUUCCUGGGACUACCUGAACCGCGAGUUCGUGGCCACCACUGAGCUGUCCCGUGCUUUCCUUGCCUCCUUCAUCCUCGUCAUGGACCUGCUCAUCGUCAUGCAGGACUGGGACUUCCCGCACUUUGUGUGUGACCUCAACAUCAAACUGCCUGGGCUGCAUGCAGCCUCCUUCAAGUACCACAUGUUCCAGAAGUUUGUCCACUUGCCCGAGAUUGUCUUCCACAUUAGCGGCAAGUGGUUCAACUAUGGCAUCAUUGUGGCGGUGAUGCUGCUGGACCUCAACAUGUGGAAGAACCAGAUCUUCUACCAGCCGGAGGACUACGGCCAGUACACUGGUCCCGACAACAAGGUGCACACUGUGGUCAACUAUGCCACACUAGCCACGGGCAACCGGAGUCUGUGGACACUGGAGUAUCGACUGAGCCAGCUGAACCCAGCCACCAACCAGAGCUUGGCUGAGGAGGACAUCCUCAUGAACUCGCGCUACCUGGGAUACCCGCUAUCAGUCAAGGGGCUAGCCUUCAUGCCGUCCUUGAUGGGAUUUGCCAUGUUUGGGGCGCUGACCUACCUGUACGGCCGCUUCCCACCCAAAACGGACGCGACGGCAGGUGGUCGGCUGCGGCCAUCGUUCCGGUCUAGCUGGAAACAAGGUUCGCGCCCUCCAGCGGCCACCACCAACGUUGGAGGACAGCCGGCCCGCCUCGUGGUCUGCUGGGAUGUACGCUGUGGGCAGGCUGUCUCGUCGGCCACAGCUGGCGGUUCUAAGGCACCCUGCUGACCGCCGGCUCCUUGGAAGAGGGCGCACAUUUUUCCUCGCUUGUGCACCACAUGGAGAUGAAAGCAAAAGUGACGCCACUAUUACCCGGCAGUAUCAAAACACCGGGUAUGCAGGAGGUUUCACAGUUUGCUGACAACUGCUAUGUUUGCUAUCGAGUAUGUUGACGCAACUAAAGGGUCUGCCACCACUAACAGGACAGUGAAAUGAUGCAACAUAUUUUAAUAAUUCCAUUCAAUGUUUCAAGUGGACAAUGCAAGCAUUGUGAUUUAAAAGCCAUACGGGGAGUAUAUUCUGCAAAUGUUAGAGAUCAGCAAAAGGAGGCUGGAGGAUUGGUAGGAAAGGGUGCCACAACGGACCUAGCUCUCAAGGCAUGAAGUAAAUAUAGGUUGCAAAAAGUUCCCUCUUUGGCAAGACGAUGAGCAAAACGAGAACAAGGUGAAAGCACUCAACUAAUCGUAACAGCGCAAACACCUAAGACGAGCCACAGAAGAAAGACACGACACACACACACGACACACACUGGCGCUGUGUGUGUCGUGUCGUUCUUUUUGUGGCUUGUCUUAGGUGUUUGCGCUGUUACGAUUAGUUCAGAAUUAUGUACCAACUAGGCCCAAAUGAAGUGUUACUGAAAUUCCUUUCUAGUGCAGUGGGUCCCUCUUUUUGUGUGUCUUCAUGUUCUUCAACUUCUACUGUCGUCACUGCAUUGCUCACAGCGCCAGUGUGUGUCGUGUCUUUCUUUUUGUGGCUCGUCUUAGGUGUUUGUGCUGUUACGAUUAGUUCAGAAUUAUGUACCAACUAGGCCCAAAUGAAGUGUUACUGAAGGUGAAAGCAGGAGCCAACGUUUCGACAAGUGGGCUGGUCUUCUUCAAGGCAAGUGAACUUGUCUUCUUCAAGGCCUUGAAGUAGACCAGUCCACUUGUUGAAACGUUGGCUCCAGCUUUCACCUUGUUCUCGUCUUGCUCAUCGUCUUGAAUUUCCACCUCCCGCCUUCUGCGUGUUUUCCUCUUUGGCGAGGUGGCACGUGCAACAAAGUGUCCACAGUGUCCUCGACAUGCCUGCCUGUGUAGUGACAGUUUAUGUGCAGCUGUGGUGCUGAGAUUGAGCCCAGCAUUUGUGACAGGCUCCUGAAACGACUGUGUCACAGUGGUAUCAGCCAGUCAUGGCUGCUUCAUUGGCCAGGUUGUGACAGCUUAGUCGAAGAAGGUGAGCUGCUCAAUAUUCGCUAAUGACCGAAGCAGUAUAAUUGACAAGUUUUUCUAUUGAUUGCUUGUACAUAAUUAGCUUAGUGAAUUGGAAGAGAGGCAACUGGAAUCACUGUAUUCAGUUCCCCUAAAUAGUAUUCACAGCCAUUUGGUUAGUAUGGUUGUAGACAACAGACCUCAGUACAAGUGAGUGGAGUUGACUGGCAGAGCCAGAAAUUAGCCAUUAUUUGUACUGUCAAAGUUUGAAAUGUAGGGUUUGAUGAAAGCUCGUCUGGUCGGGGAUGAUCAUGGCACAGUUGCAUAAAAGACCCACUGACCACAAAAGUAGAAGUUUAAAAGAACAAAAGGCAUUUCAGCUCCUAUACAGGAGCCUUAUCCACAGUGGCAUCAGGAAGUGAAACAUUUUUUGUUCUCUUAAACUUUUAUUUCUGCGGUCAGCGUCUGUAUUUCUUAUACAACUGUGCCAUAAUGUCAAAGCCGAUUGUCAUCAUAACACUGCAAAGUCACUUGCAGCAGCAGCGACAAAUACAGGUCACUGUUAUAAUACAUUGCAAGCACAUUUUGUUGCUUCACCCGGCCAUGUCUCAAGCACACCAACGCAUUGAGUGAUUCACCUGGGAUCAUUCUUAUUGCAACGGUUCAAAAUGCAAGCUUUUUUGUUGUUCAUGUUUUACAAUUGUGGCAGUAAAGCUUGUUGCUUCUAACACGAAGGUGAGAGGCACUACAGCUGUUCCUCACUGCAGCAAGGCAGCUUGAAUGUGAGCGAGGUCACGUUAUCAUGUGACAGGUGGUGCAGACGAGGUCAAGGUUUUAAGCGUAAUUAACUAAACUUGACAUAUUAAUUUUGCAGACACGUGUCAUGCAGACACGUCAUACCAUGCAGGAAAGGUGAAAAUGCUGGCUUGUAAAACAGUAAAUGCGAGAAAAUGUGAUACUAGUGAGGUGACAACGUGUUUCAAGAGAUGACGACUAGAAAAUGGUGUCAAGCAAUAUCAACAUACCAGUGUUAUGUGAGCAGAAAGAAUUGCUACAGAAAUUCUGAGAAUUGUCUGCUAAAGUGUAGGCAUUCUUUGGCUCAGCUGUUACUUCGCUUUUGCUUACUUAUGUUGCUAGCUUAUGCAGAUCUACCUGUCACUUUUUCUGGGGUUAAAGAAUGCUUGCACAUUAGUAGACAAUUCUCAGAAUUUCAGCAGAAUUUUUUUAUCGAGCAUCGCCGUAUAACAUCGUUUUCGAUCCACUUCUGAACACCCCCUUUCCUCUUCUUGCUGCCGAUUAUCUCCUAGUUCCUGCCGCUGUUCUUGUUCUUCCUUCUGCCAACUAAAAUAUUCCUGUUGUCUUAACUUGACCAAUUACACACUUAUUUCCUAGUUAGAAAGCAUUACGGGACAGACACAGUUUCUCAGGAGUACAAAUUUGGUUGCUGCUCGCUAGUCACAAUUCAUUUGUGCUUUUAGUGCAUACAACUGCGUAAUUUUUCUUUUGCGCCAUAACAAGCGACUCUUAUGACCAGCUUCAUCGGUGCAGUAAUGCACUGCCCAGUGCGUACAGUGAGACCGACACAUGUGCAUGGCAUGCUGUGAAGUACUUAUGUUGAACAGGGAGUUUGAAUAAGGUGCGUGUGUAGCUAUCAGAGAUGCCUGAUAGGAUGCAGUGAACUUCUGCUCUUGCACAGUAUUCAAUCUUUUUAUGAACAGUGCACAAGCACAGAAGUUAAAGGCGGUGGUGUCCCCAAUCCUCGUCUUUACACUUACAGUGAUCUGUAGUGUUGCUGAUGCUUGCACACAACAAGAUGGGCAAUGGAGCGAAGUCUGGCGGCCGUGCCUGAAUUUGCUACCACACUUGCGCAGACCCAUGGUUUCUAGGGCGUGAUUUGCCCCGAGCAUUUGCCGUCCCACUGAGCGUACUGUCAUACAAAGGAGAAAUGUAUGUCGGCUAGCAUUCUGUAUUUAGCGGCUGACGGGAGCAGAUGCUCCAGCCAGCCAUGUGGAUCAGGUCUGCUUGUAAGAUCUUGUACAAACAAUCAAGCUGUGCGAGCAGGACGUGUAAAUGGGAGGUGGUACUAGUCCAGCUCACUUGGCGAGGUGCAUACAGAUGCGUCGCACCGAUGAUUCACAAGCAAGUUUGUUCUCGUUUCUCGGCCAAUCAGAAAUGAGUCACCUAAAUGCCGUCAGAGGUGCUAUUCUGGACAUGGUCACACUCAACCAUGUCAGGUCAAUUUAUUAUUUUUUUGAAAAAAUCAUUUGAGGAGCAGCUGGGAACCAAAAACGAUACUUUUGCCUCAUAUGGCCCCCACUCCCUUUAUGCUGUAUCAGAAACAUGUGGCAAAAAACUUAUGCAGCUUUCACAAUUUUUACAACCAAUCUAAGCAAUAGUAUGCAGCACAUGAAAGUAUAACAAUCAUAAUGCUAUAGCCCAAUAUUUCAAACAAGUAAUAGAUAGCUUUACACGCAUGCAUAAUCAACUUACAUGCAUUCAUAUACACAGCUAUAAACAUACGUGCAUGAUACAUAGUAUGACUCUGUUUCAUUGCUUGCUGUAGACAGUGAAGUAGACGGCUAAAUGGACAGUGGCCAUCUUAAGAGCAAGCUUUAGCACAGGCCUUCUAUCUAAAUACAUGGGAAAGAAGAAAUCGUAUUUCUCGGCAACUGCUGUAUCAGAGCGAAUAAGGUUUGUUGCAUCUAAAAAAAGAAGUUAAAAUCCAGCGACUGUUGGUAGGAAAUUUUUUAUUUAGGCCAUCAGUUUCUUAAUAAAAAUGAUUAAAAAUCGCAGAUUUUUAUUAAACGAAACUAUAAUGUUUACAACUCUAGCUCUGCAAUGGAAACAAUAUAAGAAUUCUGUACAUUGCAUCUAAUAGUACAUCUGAAGCGGACAAAACUGAUGUAUUACACAUGACUCAAGUUUAUCAUUAAUAUGUGACUAUAACUCUUGUAAAACCCUUGUAGACAAUGUAACAAGUUCACGUAAGAUAUAAACUGACAUCAAAUUUGUCCGCCUUGAAUGCUCUAAUGGAUGCAGUUUACAGAACUGCGAUAUCUAUUCUGGAUGCAGAGCUAUGAAUUUGUAAACUUUGUGCUCUUAUUUUUUUUCUAGCUUAGCAAUUUUUGAAGGUUCAUUUUAAGAUCUUCAGGCCCUAAAUUGAAAUUCCACUUCCAACAAUCAUUAGAAUUUAACUUUCUCUCGGAAAUGCAACAAAUUAAAUUAAAAUCGGCCCAGUGGUUAUCUCAGAAAAGCGUUUCUGCAUUUGACAUGUAUUUGAAUAGGCGGCUUCAGAGUUGGGCCCGAGCUAACACUUCCUUUUAAGUCUUGUUCUAAUUCUCAUGAAGAUGUCAUAGUAGACAGCUUUGUGAAGACAGCAUCGUGGUAAAAAAUUAUGGCUCCUUUCCUGCCCAAACAAAAUGGCGGCCGAGCAGGACACUUGGAAACUGAAUGGGAAGGUUGUAUGUGCACAUAUACAACCAUGUGCACAAGAAAAGGUAGACACCCUUUUCUGUGCCCUUAAUGUAAGCCACAUCAUGUUUUUCAUGGAUUUGCAGGUGAAAAAUCUUAAAAUACAGAAAAAAUAUCUACUUUUCUCUUCUUUUUUCUCUUCGUCGCUGAGAAGUGACGUCACGUCGCAGAAGCAUCUUCCAUACGUCUUCCAGGCGGCUCGAAACACAUUCCCUUACUUGGCCUCGAAGCUGUCUUGGCUGUCUCCUUAGCCAUCUACGUGAACGGUGUCGGAUGCUGACCAGAAUUGUAACACGCCCUAUAUGUACUGCAUGCUGUUGUCGGAUUCACCACCUUGUCAAGACUCAUUACAUGGCUGCCAUCUGAUUGAUUGCAAACAAAUAUGCAGCCUUAGAACAGAGAGAUGACGAUGAUGACAUAGAGGUAAUGAAUGAAACCGUAACUAGGCUAGCUUCAGAGGCAGCAAUUGAAGUGGGCGGCAAGGCACCAAUGCAACCAGUAGGCAAGCUCUCCCAAGUAACUAAGGACCUAAUAAAGAAGCAAUAAAGAAUGAAAGUGUCUAACUCAAGAGAUAAGAUAGAAUUCGCGGAACUGUCAAAACUGAUCAACAAGGCGAAAAUAAAUCAUUCGAAACCAUAAUGUGAGAAAGACUGAAGAAGCGUAAGAAAUGGACGCAGCCUGAAAUCAGUGAGAAGGAAACUUGGCAUAGGGCAAACCAAGAUGUAUGCAUUGAAAGAUAAGCAGGGUAAUAUCAUCAGCAAUCUCAAAGAUAUAGUAAAAGCAAAGAAGAAUACAGUACCCAGAAUGUACAGCAGAAUGUACAGUACCCAGAGGAGUCAGGAUACCUCCAUUAGAAACAGUAAUGAACAGGAUACAGAAACUCCUCCUAUAACUAGCGAUGAGGUCAGAAGGGCCUUGCACGACAUGAAACGAGGAAGAGUGGCAGAGAAGAUGGAAUAACAGUCGAUUUAAUCAAAGGUGGAGGAGACAUAAUGCUUGGAAAACUGGUGGCUCUUUAUACGAAGUGUCUGUCGACUGCAAGGGUCCCUGAAAAUUGGAAGAAUGCAAACAUUAUACUAAUCCACAAAAAGGGAGACGUGUUAAGGAAUUGAAAAAUUAUAGGCCCAUUAGCUUACUCCUAGUAUUAUGUAAAAUAUUUACCAAAAUAAUCUCCAAUAGAAUGAGGGCAAUACUGGACUUUAGUCAACCAAGGGAACAGUUUGGCUUCUGGAAGGGAUACUCUACAAUGGAUCACAUCUAUGUUAUUGAUCACGUAAUCGAGAAAUCCGCAGCGUAUAAUAAGCCUCUCUGUAUGGCUUUCAUAGUUUACGAAAAGGCAUUUGGUUCAGUAGACAUACCAGCAGUCAUGGAGGCAUUGCGUAAUCAAGGAGUACAGACCGCUUACUUAACUACCUUGGAAAACAUCUGCAGAGGUUCCACAGCUACCUUACUUCUACACAAGAAAAGCAGAAAGAUACCCGUAAAGAAAGGGGUCAGACAGGGAGACACAAUCUCUUCAAUGCUAUUCACUGCGUGCUCAUAUGAAGUAUUCAAGCUAUUAAACUGGGAAGGCUUAGGAAUAAGGAUCGACGGCAAAUAUCUCGGCAACCUUCGGUUUGCCGAUGACAUUGUUCUAUUCAGCAACAAUGCAGAUGAAUUACAACAAAUGAUCGAGGACCUUAACAUAGAGAGUGUAAGAGUGGGGUUGACGAUUAGUAUGCAGAAGACAAAGAUAAUGAUGAAUAGCCGGGCAAGGGAACAAGAGUUAAUGAUCACCAGUCAGUGUCUAGAGUCUGUGAAGGAGUACGUUUACCUAGGCCAACUAAUCACAGGGACUCCUGAGCAUGAGAGGAAAUUCAUAGAAGAAUAAGAAUGGGUUCGACCGCAUACGGCAGACAUUAUCAGCUCCUGACUAGAAGCUUACCAUUACCAUUGAAAAGGAAGGUGUACAAUGAGUGCAUUUUACCAGUGCUGACAUAUGGGGCAGAGACUUGGAGACUGACAAAGAAACUUGGGAACAAGUUAAGGACCGUGCUAAGAGUGAUGGAAUGAAGAUUGCUAGGCAUAACGUUAAGAGAUAGAAAGAGAGCGGUUUGGAUCAGAGAGCAAACGGGUAUAGCCGAUAUUAUAAUUGACAUUAAGAGAAAGAAAAUGGAGCUGGGCAGGUCAUGUAAUGCGCGGGUUAGAUAACCGUUGGACCAUUAGGGUUACAGAAUGGGCACCAAGAGAAGGGAAACGCAGUCGAGGACGGCAGAAGACAAGGUAGAGCGAUGAAAAUAUGAAAUUCGCGGGCGCUAAUUGAAAUCGGUUGGCACAGGACAGGGGUAAUUGGAGAUCGCAGGGAGAGGCCUUCGUCCUGCAGUGGACAUAAAACAGGCUGAUGAUGAUGAUUGAUGAUUCAAUUUGCAAACAUGGCGGAAUCUUUUGGCUUGACCUGCCCGAAUUGAAUUUUCUGCAGGGCUAUAAUCAGAUCAUGUUGCUCAUGUGCCAAAGCUUCACAAGCACCACACUGUUUUGUUCUUAAGCACGGAUUCAUACCAAAUGUCCAGCUUUCCGUCUUGCUUAUCAGGAAUUUUUAUGUUAACUGGAUUUGUAAAUUACAUUCCUAGAAUACCAGAAAUGUCAGUCUAACAAAGAAUAUAUUCGUCAGCCAAGAAAGGUGCAAGAACAAAAAUGAGGUUCAAAUUUCUACGCUUCUCGUGACAUUGUGAGAUCUGGACAGCGUCCACUGAAGUUUAUAGUUAAACCUCUACAGCACAAUUUUUAUUUCCUCAUAAUGUUAUUCAUUGAGUUGCAGGGAAGCAUAACAGAAGCUUUACUCCCAUGGAAACUAACUUUAGCGGACUCCUGCGGUAUGAAUUUGCAGAAAAAGGAUAUGUUGCCUAUUUGCAACAACAGGCAAAUAAAGAAGUUGGAGGUGAAAGAUAGACUUAGUGCGAUUCAUACUCAGAUGCUUAUUUGCACGUGACGAUCAUUGGUGCACUUAUUGCACACAUAUUGAAUCGAAACGAACUUACACUCAUGGUUGUCGUCACUCUCAGAAACGUCACUGCCUUCACUAUCGGAAGGAAUUGCUUGGCCAUAAAAGCAUCUAGGAGCCAUUUCGCUUCUCAAAAGAAACAAAAAACAUGUACAUGUUUUGCAUUCGCGCAAUAUAGCAACAUAUCGUCGCCAAGAACAAGCUAUUCCGAGAUAAAGUUUUUUUGCAUCUAUGUAGUCAGGAGGAUGUGUAGCUUAGCGUACGAAUUUUUUUUUUUUUUUUGCAUUUUGUCUUAUGGAGAAGUACAUUUAUAAUUGGCAAGACUUACCGGUAUCACUGCUCGUGGGCGCACACAGCCUCCGCCACGUUUUUUUUUUUUUUGGUAGAAGAUCUGAAGAAUGAGCACAGAUGGCAGCACAAGGCGGUGCGUUUUUCAGACGAAUGUUGCGGAAAUGCAAUGUGUACAGGCAGCUCCGAACGGACUUUGCUUCUGUUUUUAAUGCUAUUCAUUGGAAUGUUGCGUAAAUGCAACAAGGUGCAGUAAGGGGUUAAUAUCGAUAAACAAAAGGUUGCAUUGCAUUCUAAAUGAAUAAAAGACUCUACUCAGUGAGCUUUCCCCCAGAAAAACAUGUCACGCAUGAAAAAUUUGUGAUGUCAUACAUGUACCGAUGCUGUGAUGCGAUGUAAAGUUUGAGAGAUGAAUCUUUACACUUUCUUUCCUCUGCGAGUAACCAACCUUUGUUCCCCAAAUUAAUGCAAAUUGAGUAUUGAAAACAUACCUUGUCAGUCUAAAAAUACUAUAACAGUGUUGCUUUUGUGUCCCUUUAAGAUCUCCUUCCUUGUUGAAAGAAGCCUAUGAAGACACUCCCCUUAACAAAGAUAAGCAGGUUUAUUUACUUAUUUAAAAUGAAGGUUACGGGCAGGCUUAAAAUAGCCUCUGAAAUGAAGUCCCUGCUGCGCUGCUAUCCAGAUUACGUGGAUAUGUGAGAAAGCUCUGGCACUGCUCAUCUUGAUAGAAGCAUUAAAGGGCAACUCCGGUGUUUUUCUUUUAAGUGUAUGCAUUAAGAUAUGGUCAUGUUCAAAUGACAUUGACAAUCCUGUCACCAGUAGGGUGGUUCAGUUGGCUUAGAAACUCAUCAAUAAUUUUAAAUAACGAAUAAACGAAGUACCAAAACCAAAAUGGGUAGCUGCUUUGUCUGACAUCACGAUAGGUCGAUGACGUCAGAUCCUAUACUACUGCAAGUAAACAGCCACAAUCAAUCAAUCAAUCAACUUUAUUUCCUUUGGAUAGAAGGAGUACAGGACUAAAAGCUUGAGCAGCUUGACGAGGUCCCGAGCCCGUUACAGUUGGCAAAACAGCAGGAUGAUGGUCAGUCAUGCACAAAGAGUUCAAAUAAAUCGAUGAAUAUUACAUAACGUCGAGUAACACAAAAUUUUAUAAAAAGCGCAAAACAACACAACCCAUUUGCAUCGGCUUGAAACAGCAUAAACAUGAAAACCAGCGAUCGACAAGAAGAGGGACAAAAAAAAAAUCGAAAGGAUGUACUAUUUCUGAACAAUGGACUGGGCGAAGCACUUAAUGAGACAAUUUUGAUUACACAAAGGCUCAAAACCUUCAUGGUUUAAUAAGUUUAGAAGGGAAGGUAGCUUGUAGGACAAAGAUUGUUCAUCGUAAGUAGUUCUAGGGCUGGGUACAGUCCACAUUUCUUUGUGCCUGGUUGGACGAACACUUGUGUUUGCUUUUAACUUAGCAAGAUUAAUCAUGGUAUCGGUACCAUACUUAACACAAGCUUUAUAACACAAUUUCAGCCUUAUUAUAUGAACAAUGGGUGCCAAACAUGCAGAAUACAUGCUAAACUCGCAGUACGCAUGGUGCUAAUGUCAAUAAAGCAAAACAGACAAUGCCUCCUGAUGACACGGGAAGCGUUUACAGCUCUUUCGAACUAGGCAGCGGUGAUUUCAGCGACAGUAUGAGCGCUGAAGGAUCGGUGUUUGCUUUUUACCAGUGGCCGCCAUGUGAGGCAGCUGAUGUGCACCAGCUCAAUGCAUUGUGCUGCGGCGAAAGGAAAAGAAGCACCAGUUUUCAUGUCUGUCAAAACAAUGAUUGCAGGCCAUCAUAGCAGGGAAAAAAGAGCUAGCUUUGUUGUUUCUGAACGAAGUGGUGGUCUCUGAUGUCACGAACACAGGUUGGCCAGUAAAAUGUAAUACAUUCGUAGGCAUGAGUCAAGAACAAGCAACCAAUCUUUAAAAUUCAUUUUCUGGAGAACUAACUGACUUGCAGCCAUAUCAUUUGGCACAGAUAAUCAGAGUGCCAAAGAGAAUGUUUAUUCAAAAUUUUAUUAAGGUCAGUGGACAUUGAAAACAUCACUAGAGUUGCCCUUUAAGCAUUCAGUAAUUGUUCAAUUGCAUUCCUUUAGCUGGCUUUACGCCUUUGGGGAAGCUGGAUCAAAUACCGAAAAAAAUAUGUAUCUAAUCCUGAUGCAUGCAUGGCCUUGUUUGGUAGAUGUUUCACUGUGUCGAUUCAAGGACACAGUACUGCAAGCUGGCCUCUUAUGUUAAGAACUGGCCUUCAUUGACUGCACUGUCCAUGAAACAUUGCAACACAUGGAAAGUGCAUCUAUAAAGUUCUUGUAGUUGUGUUCAAAAAGUGGGUUAUAUAUAUCUGGGCCGACCAGCUUCUUCCAUAGGCUGGCACCUGGAACUUGCUUUAACCUUGCUUUAACCGUGCUUUUUUUAUUGAAAACUUCAAUUCCCAGCGAGGGUUGUUUUAAAGUUUGUUAUUUCUUUGCUGCUUGCGAUGCUUUUGCACCAGCAAGUGAAUUACAAAACGAAUGGCAAGUGCAACUACAGCCCAUUUGAGGGGGGCAUUGUUGCGUAGGUGAUGCCAGCGCCUAGUCACUGCCUUUGGUACAUGGAAAACAAUUUAAUGUCGGACAAACAGGGUUUUUCUUGGCAGCUGCCACUUAACUGAUGUUAGCACACCUGUCAAGACCGCCUUUCGUCAGCCUUGUUUCGAGAAGUACAUUGCAAGUUAUUUAUUCACAUUUGAAGUUGGUAAAGUGCGGAAUCUUGGUGAUGAUGAUCUCUAGUGGCAUCUCCUUUGAAAUGAGGUAGCAAGAAAUAGUACUCACCUCACAGUACGAGCGAGCAGCACCUGUCGGGUGAGGUCAUCUUUUUUUUUUUUGGUUUCCCAUUGGCCAGCUGUAAGUUCCAGAAGAACUACAAAGUAAGCUUGUUGGUGAGUUUGUUAAAUAAAAAUUCAAAACAAGUACAUACAAACAGGACAGAUGAAAGUGCUGUCUUGUCUGUGCUUUAUUUCUUGCACUCAUUCAGCUCCACAGCUCCAAGUUUGUACCCAAUACUGCACCUGGGACUGGUUCCCUAGGGUCAUAAAAAGGUUAAGAAAGAGAAUGGUUAUCAUUGCUUCACAUAGGCGCAUGAAAAACAAUUUUGAAUUGGAGUUUGUUUUUUAUGGUCUUUGCUGUGCCCAUAACCGCCAGUGUGCAUGAACCCAGCACUGUUCUGUGGAGAGACACUGGAGCACGUGCAUGCGUCUUCACCGUGAGCAGACAGUUCACUGCUUAACCGCAACUGCGCCGAAGUGAGGUACUCCUUCGACCGUAUCUCCGAGUAAUGUAAAUAACUGUACGCACGCAUCCUCCGAUUGGUCUUCAUCUGCCGCACGCCGCAUCUAGCCACCACCCGUAGAUGCCAACUGGCACCUCAUUGACGUGUGCUUCUUUACAGUGUUAAAAUGGCAUGUGCCGAGCUGAUGUUCCAGAAAAUGCAAUCGGCGCAAAUAUAACCGUGGAGGGGAAAUGUUUCGUGUGCCACAUGUUUGCGUUGAGGAUGUUUCGUGAUCAAUCUUAUGCGGCACUUUCUGCACAAAUCUUGGAUAGGGAAGCGAAUGUUCAACCAUUAUUCCAUCACUCUAAGCUCGCUGCUGCAUUAAAGCCUUUGUCGCUGAGGCUUUGCACCUUGUGAUCCGUUCACCUGGAGUUGUCUGCUCAACUGAUGAAUGUGGUGAGUGGCGAGACUCAACUCAUUUAUUUAGAAAUGGGCAGAAGGGGUUCCAUCUGUGGGAUCACCACCUUGCCGGUGUUGUGCAGAAAGUAUUUUUGGCCUGUGGAAGACAAUGGGAGUAAUUGGGGCCAGUGCUUUGAACACUUUUGCUUCAUUUCCGUGAAUGACUACUGCACUGACCUGAGAAGACUCCUUGAUGUGGCUAAUGCAUGCCUGCCCGUGUUUGGCUUUGCUCAACAGAUAGCAACCACUCUUGUAUGAUUAAAUAAAAUACCACACAUAGUGCAUGGAGUAAGAAAGGCCACAUAACACCUGUUUGAGGAACGGGAAAAUUGCAAGUGUUUUUGAACUAUAAACUUUAUACAUGCUUGCAUCUAAAUUUUGAGACAUCCCAAUAAAGGGGAGUAUGGUAGCGCGAUUCAAUGACGGGACAAGAGAAGACACAAAGGGACACACACAGUGCUGUGUGUGUCCCUUUGUGUCUUCUCUUGUCCCGUCUUUGAAUCACGCUACCAUACUCCCCUUGAAGAUGCAUUACCAACAAGCCCACAUUGCAACCCUCGGGAAUCCCAAUAAAAGACUGUGAGUGAAAUGCUAUCACAAAGUGAACAAAACAAAUGAGUGGAAAGAUGCCUUGCAUUGUAUUCAUGGCAACUGCGAUUUCACACGUGGCCUAUUAGAGUUCGUUGUGACACCGGCUCUUGUUCCUUUUGAAUCCUCAUGUUUACAGAGUUCUGGCGAGUGUCAUCGACCAUAGCUUUAAAAGUGUGCUACAAAAGUCUUAGCAUGACUUUUGGCUUCAUGCGUAGAGGCCUGCAGAAGACGGUCAUAAAAUUACAGCACAUCUCUGUCACAGUGUAUGCAAGAAGCUCAUUGCCUCAGCGCUCUGCGCACUAAACUCUGAAUACCUCCCGCUGUUGUUCACUGCUAUGUUCGUGCAAUGCGGCAUGAGCUUGCAAUGUAUUUUGCACUUUGCACGUCAAGUUACAGAGUUGCUCUCACUGAAUCUCUGUAUUCCUUGCCGAAACAGAACGCCAUUUUAUAGCAAUCGUGCUGCCUGAGUUUAUUCUCAUGUACAAACUUCUGAACCGCUUUCGUUUGCCCUGUUGCCGAAAGUUACACGAAGGAGUCAGCUGCACCACAUAAUAGGUAUACUAGAAAUAUUUGUAAGCUUAGUCGGUGUUGUUUACAAAGGUGUGGAAGUCUAGCUAAGGAGUUUUGUGAUGCACUGUCGAUACCCCAAAGUGGCCACACUUGUGUAAUUGCUAGGUUCACAUGUAUAUGUGUGUGUGUGUGCGUACGCCUGCACAGCACCCAGGACUCUACUGCCGAAUCUUGCCCUCCGCAAAAGAAACCUGCCACCAGCUUGUUCUAGUGGUAUCCUGGCAAAGUGCUUUGUUUCAGCCACAAGCUUAUGUGACUGAACGGAAUGCUGUGAUGAAAUUGACAUGCCGCAUGUCAUGCGCAAGGGGGGAAUAAAGCUUUUCUGCUGUUGUGAA